UGACGGCCUACGCCAUGAAGGUCCUCUACUUGGGAGUGUGUGUGAUGCUGGGGUGUGUGGCCGCCCUGCCUGGCCUCCGUCUUCGCCGGGACUCAUCAGUCUUCUCCCUGGAGCUGCCGUCCAACGCCUCUCUGACUAUCGGACCGAUCCAGACUGGCUUCGACUGUAGUGACCUGCCCUACGGCUACUACGCCGACGAGGCCAACAACUGCGCCAUCUUCCACGUGUGUCUCCCAUACAUCGACCACGGAGUCUACGUGAGCCGCCACUUCUCCUUCAUGUGUGGGCAAGGCACCGUCUUCGACCAGGAGCGCCUCAUCUGCGACUUCCCAGAGACCGCCCUCCCCUGCUCCCAGGUCGCCGCCUUCAGGAACACCAACGAGUACUUUGGACGUGCAGAUAUCAACUUCCUCGAGAAAUAGAACUUCAUGAGCCAGCCUUGUGCUUAACCUUCUGAAUCUUUGUACGACAACACAGAAUAUAACAGCAACACGUUGUAAUUCCCUUCUACAGUAGUUCGACCAUGUUCUUGUCGUGCAAAAGAUUGUAAACGCGACUACCCGAAGGCUCCGUGUUGGUGUACUCCAUUAGCACACACUACCGAAGAGUGUUUGUCUUCCAGUGUGAGCUCCACCACAGGGAGAAUUCAGGAACAAUCUCUAGUAAACAGACUGACGAAUAUAACAGUGCAACAGUUUCCACUCGUGUGUGUGAUGUUCCCUGAAUCCUCCUCAAGUUUCCGGUCAGGUGAAGUGCCUCGUGUUGCUCCUCCAGUCAGAUGUGAUCCUCCACCAGCUGACGAGGCCCCUAGACUCUAUAACCCGUACAUGAUCUCUCUCUCUCUCUCUCUCUCUCUCUCUCUGUCAGUACGAGUUUGUGAAUUUUUUCCGGCUGUCUCUUAGUUAACACCUUAAAUUUGAAUGUCAUACAAGAUUUACAUCAACGAAAUAAACUGUAUACCAUAUAACUGUAUCAUAUAACUGGAUUAGGAUAUGUUAAAGAUAUAUUACCACUAUCGGGGACUUUUAACUAAGAGAAAUACAUUUAGUAUAUUGAGAGUAAGAUCAGUAGAGGAUGUUAUUUAUUGGCAGUGUUCUUUAUGUUUGUCAAUAUGAUGAAUGAUUAUGUGACUAACAGGUGAACUGACCACACACACACACACACACACACACACACACACACACACACACACACACACACACACACACACUCUACUAAUUCCUCUUAAAUAGAUACACUUAUGUAAGGUCAAUUUAGAGACAAAAUUACAGUAAGAUUCUACCUAAAUUUUCCUAAAUGUCUAAUACUCUUCUGAACACUUGGCUGAGGAUACAGGUAUACACACAUACAUAGAGUACAGGUGUGUAGUACAGUUAUUCAUAAGUAAUCAUACAUAAUUCCUUUAUACUUUCAUACAAGGGAAUAUACAUGCAUUUAUAGACGCAUUAUGACGUUUUGUAUGACAGUAAAGUAUACCAUAUAGGAAUUAAUUUUCAUUAAUUUGGAGCAACGAAAACAAGAGUUAUCUCUGUUUGGAAAAAAAAUCCCGCAAGUUACUCUUUAACCCUUUGAGGACGAUGGUUUAACCCUUUGAUAAAGAUGACUUAACCCU